CGCAGCAGCAGCUCCAUGGGGCGGAUACGGAUACAUGUUUAUGACUGUGACAGCUCGGUGACUUGUUGGAGCCUCGGAGCUGCUGGGAACAGGAAGCCUUGCUCAUGAGCACCUCGGCUCGUCGGGGGGAAGAGACAAUCAUGGGUGUGUGGAGGACGCUGUGUUGCAGAAACCUCCUGGCUUUCUCUCUACUCGGUUACGUCCUGCUCCACGCCGUGGACGUACACGCUCGUCCGGCCAACAUGUCCUCCUCCAAAGAUAAGACUCCGGCCGUCAGGGACGAUAACGAGAUCCUCCCUCCGGACCACCUGAACGGGGUGAAGCUGGAGAGAGACGGCCAGCUCAACAAGGACUUCCACCAAGAGGUCUUCCUCGGGAAAGAGAUGGAGGAGUUUGAAGAGGAUUCCGAGCCACGGAGGAACCGGAAGAAGCUUAUUGACAUUUUCACCAAAGUGGACUUCAACAAGGACCGGAGCGUGAGCGCCAAGGAGAUGCAGCGCUGGAUCAUGGAGAAGACGGAGGAGCAUUUCCAGGAGGCCGUGCAGGAGAACAAGAACAGUUUCAGAGCCGUGGAUCCAGAUGGAGACGGUCAUGUGACAUGGGAUGAAUAUAGAAUAAAAUUUCUGGCCAGCAAAGGAUUUAAUGAAAAAGAAAUUGCAGAGAAAGUCAAGAAUAAUGAAGAUCUGAAACUGGAUGAAGAAACCCAAGAGGUGCUGGAAAGCCUGAAAGACCGCUGGUUUCAGGCCGACAACCCUCCGGCCGACCAGCUGCUGAACGAGGAGGAGUUCCUGUCCUUCCUCCACCCCGAGCACAGCAAAGGCAUGCUCAAGUACAUGGUGAAGGAAAUCGUGCGAGACCUAGACCAGGACGGGGACCAGAAGCUGACGCUGUCAGAGUUCAUCUCUCUGCCCGUGGGCACCGUGGAGAACCAGCAGGGCCAGGACAUCGACGACGACUGGGUCCGGGAGAGGAGGAAGGAGUUUGAGAGCGUCAUCGACAUGGACCGCAACGGCAUCGUCACCAUGGACGAGCUGGAGGAGUACAUGGACCCGAUGAACGAGCACAACGCCCUGAACGAGGCCAAGCAGAUGAUCGCCGUGGCUGACGAGAACCAGAACCACCAGCUGGAGCUGGAGGAGAUCCUCCGCUACAGCGAGUACUUCACGGGCAGCAAGCUCAUGGACUACGCCAGGAACGUACACGAGGAGUUCUGAAGGAAGAAGGAAGGGUCGCCCCCACCCCGCAUCUGCUUCAGGGACUAGGGUGGGGGCCCCGUGGGGCCGGGGGGCCGCAGAGGGAUACGCAGCUUCAAUGUUUCAGACUCCAGUUCCUCCCCCAGCCCGGACCAUCACACUCAACACGCUCUGCCUUCUGGCUGCCAUCCGACUGCCCAUUAACUCUCAACUCCAAGCUCAUUCGCUAGAUUGUGAAAUAUUAUAUAUAUAUAUAUAUGAGGAAUUUUAAUACUGAAUACAUUUUCCUGUGAUCACACAGUUGUCAGCCGACGUCUCUAAUCAAAACUCACAUUUGUCGUGCUCUGCUCUCUGUGUUAGAGGAGAAAAAUCUGAGAAAUAGAAACGUAUUCUACUAGUAUCUGGUGUCCGUCAGCGGGACUUUCAAACAGGGCCUUGUGUAUGUAUGUGUGCGUGUGUGCGUGUGUGUCUGUGUGUGUAUGUAUGUGUGCGUGCGUGUGUGUGUCUCAUCAAUAACAUAGAAUUAUCUCACAUGGCACAAACUUUCAGUAAAACUUUAUUAGAAAAAUGAAUUGCACUAAAUGUAGGGAAAGAGAUAAAUAAAAGGCAGCAGUGUACAUGAUAUUUUGAUCAAGUGAAGGUUUAAAACAAACCAAAAGAAGCCAGUUGUCCCAGUCAUUUAGUGUGUACAUGUUUGUGCUCAGCAUGACUCAGCACGUUAAACCCCCGCUCAUUAAAACGUCUCUGUUCUUCCUUCAGUCUGCCAGCAGCAUGACCUUCCAUUUAUUUAUUGACCAGUUUAUUUGUGAAUCUCUGAAUGCCAUGUGCUUAUUUGGUCCUGCUGUCUUUGUAUCGGUUACUCGUCAUCAUAUUGGUUCAUUUUAAAUGUUUCCUUUUUUUUUUUUUUUUUAAGUGCAUGGAAAAACAAUGACUUAUGCAAUUUGUGAGUCUCGCUGCGAUUUCUCAGUAACCUGUGGAGCUUUUGGAUUGUGUUGCUGGCUCUGCUUCCUCAGUACAAUUGUAAAAUAAGAUUUAUGAUAACAGAAUGUGACAGCUUUAAUAAAAUAUACCAUGAAAUGAAACAAUAAACAGUUGUUGCCAGCUGA